ACGAACUUGUGGUCCUCGGAAUUUCCUCGGAAAUUCAUUUCCUCGGAAUUCCGUCGGAAAUUUCCGAGGGAUUUCCGAGGAAAAAUGAAUUUCCGAGGAGUUAUUUCCGAGGACUUUUUUCGUCGGUAUGUCGUCGGAAUAGCGUUAUUCCGACGACAUACCGACGAUUUUUUCCCUCAGUAUGUCGCUGUUUUCUUGUAGUGAAAGUAUCAAAGGGGUUGAUUAUGUUCACUCCUAACAGUAAAGCUACAGUUUUUGUUGGUCUUUAUAGUUAGCUGUUGGGUAGCUUAGUUCCUUUGCAACGGAAUCUUAUGGUCUUGUCUUGUGCACCGGCUUUAGUUCCUCUGUAACCUAUCAUCAACUUUUAGGCUUUGUUGUUGGUAGUUGGCUCAAUUUCUUUUUCCUAAGUUUGGUGCCAUAUGUUCUUCUCCGUCUCGUUGGAGUUUGCUGGUGGUGUUUAUCGGUGUACUUGCCAUCCACGUUUAGUAAAUCAAAGCUGGUGGAUUUGGGUUUAAGGGGUCAACAACGUCUCGAUUGGUCGUUCUUCCUCCCUCGUCGGCGAGAGAGAGAUAGAGAGAGUUUUGAAGGAGAAAGGUAAACUUCUACUCCACACGUGGCGUCCUUAAUUAAUUUUAUCUAAACAUUAAGAAUAAUUCAGUAUUUAAGGCAAAUUUUCCUAAUUUUAUUUAAUUUGUGUAUGUUAGGGUAAACAAAGAAAGCAGCUCUAGCUAGGAACCCAAAAAAACGAUGGCGGCUCCUCAACUAGCAUGUGUUUUGCUUGUGGAAACUGAACUCAAAGGUUGGCAAAAGACAUUACAUAAAAUAUUUGUGGGCAUUGAAGGUUUAGCGUUCUCCAUUGAUGCACCCGACUGGUGGACACAUGGGGAAGGAGCUAAUCCUAUGAUGUUCACUAAGAAGUUGAUGUUUUUACGUGGCGAAGUUGAUCCUGUGGUCUUCAUUAAAAAGUUAUUUAAAGCGAAAAAUUACGCUAUGCUCUACAGGAUUGAUUAUGGACAUGAAGAGAAUCCACAAGGCAUCCGGAAACCUAAUAAUCAUUUUCUGAGAUUUAGAUUUGAGAUAGACAUGUUAGAAGGAAGUUGGUACAAGAAAAUCAUAGGAGCUUUAAAGACCAUCCAAGGUGUAUCGUUUACCAUAGAUGCACCAAGUCAGAUGGUAUAUAUGUGUGGGAACAUUGAAGAAGGUUUGCUCUUGAAGAUGUUAACGAAGACGGGCAUUCAAAUUUUGGGAAUGGACUAUGGUAAUUUGAAGCCACCUCCCAAGAAAGUUGAGGCUCAAAUAUCAGAUGGAACCGAGACACAACCCAAGAAAGACACAGAGCCUCCUCCUCCUGAGAUUGUUGUUACGAAACACCAAGCCAAAAACAAGAAACAUCGUGGUUUUAAAGUUUUUUGUUGUCCAUGAAUCAUGUCGUCAUUAGAACAUAGUAUUCUUAAGUUCCAGUUGUUUAUUUAAGAGUCUGAUAACAACAGACAUUUACUAUUUUUGCGUUUUCUUCCAUAGAUUCAAUUCCAAGUAAAGUCUUUCUGCGUGUUUUACUACCUAGAGGAGAGCGGCUUGAUAACAACCAACCAAAAAUGAAACCAUGGGUUUGGAUUGAAUGGAUUAUUUCUCUUACUAAAAAUCUCAUGUCGCUUGCCAUGAGCAUCCGUGAGAUAGAUCGAAAAGCAUUCUUGCUUUGUUUAUUUCAUUCUCUCUGAAGUUACAUUUUACCCACAUUGUAUGGGGUUAUUUUAAAGAUGUGUGCUGGUAUUUUUUGUGCUUUUUGCUGGCCUGUUUGGUUCAGAAUUAUCAGAAUAUUUUGGAUUUUUCAUUGAAUUAUAAGUGCUAAAAACAAAAAAAAAUGAAAAAGAAUGAAAAGAAAAAACUAUUUUUUAUGAAUUAUAAAAAAAUUAAAAAUAUUAAAAAACAAUAUUCUAUUUCGUUCUUUGUUCACCAUUUAUAGCUAUAAAGUAUCAUCAAAUCACAUCAAAACUUUCUACUAAGUUUGUUUUAACAAAAUGAAUCAAGAUCCUAAAACAAUUAUACACAAAAUUGGUUGUAGAGUAUCCACGAAAUAAAGUGUGAUGGUUGCAUUCUUAGCUGUUACGUGUAAGAAAAACUUUUAAAAUCUCAUAAUUUUUUUCUAGGUGAAUUGUAAACAUACAGUAAAAGCACUAUAAAAUUAAUAAAUACUAAAAUUAUAAUAUUUUCCUAAUUAAAAACAUUCUUAAUGUACUUUGGUUUCUUGUUAGGUUUAUAUAUUUUUAAUAUUUUUUGUUAAAUCAAAAUAAUAAUUGAUUUCACGUUUUAUAUAUCAAUUAAAUUUUAUACAUUUUACUUUAUAAUGUUGUUUUUAUUAAUUAGUGUAUAUGAGAUAUGUAUCAUAAAAUAAAAAUAUUUUUAGAUAUAACCUAACUAAAUAUUAUUAACACAUUUUGAAGGGUUAAAAAUAGAUAUAGACUCCAUUGUAAUUAUAAAAAAAAGUAAUAUAACAUUUUUUGUAUUUAAUUAAACUAUAUUUACUAAUUUAUGAUUUUCAUCAGAAUAUAUAGUUAUAUAAGCUUUACAAAAUAUAUUAUCUUAUCUAUUUGUGUGGUGUUUUGAAUUGGUCCAAUUUGAAACCGAUAAAAUUCAUUAAUUUAUAGGUCACACAUCAUAAAUUUCUGUUAUGUUGGAUAGUGGUUUAUAUUUUCAAAAUGUAAUCAUACACUCCCUAGCCAAAUUAGGAUUCCUAGUUCCGCAUACAAUAGUAAACUAGGUGUCUUUCUGCACCGUGUGCAGUAAAAAAAUUUAAAAUAUUUUUUAACAAAUAAAUAUAAAUUAUAUUUUAAAAUAAAAUUUAUUAAUAUUGUAAAUUUUCUUUUUCGUAUCAAUAUUUUAAUAUAAAUUUGAUUUAAUUAAACAUAAAAAUUAUAUUUAAGAAUAUGCAUGUAUAUAUUUGAAAUUAUAAUCUUAGAUAGAUUUUUCUAUCUAUUUAUUUUAAUUAAAUAUAU